AUGGAAACAGCGGCGGCGAACAUUUCUUGUCCUCCGACUCCUCUCUGGAACGUCGAAAGACCCUUCCUCACCGGCCGGUUCCACCAGGAAGCCAAACGUACUUCGCCCCUCGCCGAUGACUCGAAGGGUUUUUCUUUGGAUCCCUUCUGCCCUGGAUUGAACAAAGCCAUUGGUUGUUAUGAUGCUGCCCUUCAGGAGCUCAUUGUCAUUGAUGAUCUGAUGUCUGCAUUGGUUGGGCUUGAAGGCCGGUAUAUCUAUAUCAAAAGAAUUCGUGGAAAGGAGGAUGAGAUUGCUUUCGAGGUUGAUGCAUCGAUGGAUUUGGUACUCCAGGAAUUUACGCAUAGGUUGGUCCCUCUGUGUAAGAGCUACCUGCUGAUUGACCAGUUUGUUGAGUCGAGGUCACUAUUCAAGAAUGGCUUGGUUAAUCAUGCCUUUGCUGCUGGACUUAGGGCUCUUCUUCUCGACUACAAGGCCAUGGUAGCACAGCUGGAGCAUCAGUUUCGGCUAGGAAGGCUUUCCAUUCAAGGACUAUGGUUUUAUUGUCAGCCUGUAAUGCCUUCCAUGCAAGCAUUGACCAUUGUGGUUCAGAAGGCAUCAGCUAAUAAUUUCUUAGGUUCAUCAGUCUUGAACCUCUUGCAGAGCCAGGCAAAAGCAAUGGCUGGUGAUAAUGCCGUGAGGUCACUACUAGAAAAGAUGACAGAAUGUGCAAGUAAUGCAUAUCUUGGGAUAUUAGAGAGGUGGGUGUAUGAAGGAGUAAUUGAAGAUCCUUAUGGCGAAUUUUUUAUUGCUGAAAACAAAUCUCUUCAUAAGGAGAGCCUCACUGAGGAUUAUGAUGCUAAGUAUUGGCGGCAACGAUACAGCCUUAAGGAAGGGAUUCCCAGCUUCCUUGAAAAUAUAUCGGGGAUAAUUCUGACAACGGGAAAAUACUUAAAUGUCAUGAGAGAAUGCGGACAUAAUGUUCAGGUUCCUGCCUCGGAGAAUUCUAAGCUAACAAGCUUUGGCUCAGACCAUCACUAUCUCGAGUGUAUCAAAGCUGCUUAUGAGUUUGCAGGCAAUGAGCUCUUAAAUCUCAUUAAAGAAAAGUAUGAUCUAAUGGGGAAGCUGCGGUCAAUUAAGCACUACCUCCUUCUUGAUCAGGGUGAUUUCUUGGUUCAUUUCAUGGACAUAGCACGAGAGGAACUCAUGAAAAAGCUUGAUGAUAUUUCAGUGGAGAAGCUACAGUCUCUGCUAGACCUUGCUUUGCGUACUACAGCUGCGGCAGCAGACCCUUGCCACGAGGACUUGACAUGUUGUGUUGAAAGAUCUACUCUGCGCAAAGGAUUUGGUAGUCUGAACGAUCUUGAAGUUACUGUUUCGGGCACUGAUGAUGAUUUAGAAGAACCAACAACCAUUACCGGUCUAGAGACAUUCUCUUUAAGUUAUAAGGUUCAAUGGCCGUUGUCGAUUGUUAUCUCAAAAAGAGCCCUAACGAAGUACCAGUUGAUUUUCCGGUUUCUUUUUCAUUGUAAACAUGUAGACCGGCAGCUUUCUGGGGCUUGGCAAUUGCAUCAAGGAGUUCGUGUCCUCAAGAUACAGGGAACAGCAAUCUCCAGAUCAUCCCUUCUGUGCCGUAGUAUGCUGAAAUUCAUCCAUAGUCUUCUACACUAUCUAACUUUCGAGGUACUGGAACCUAACUGGCAUGUGAUGUAUAAUAGACUUCAGGCCGCAAGGAGCAUAGACGAAGUUAUCCAACAUCAUGAUCUUUUUCUGGGCAAGUGUUUAACAGAGUGUUUGCUCUUGUCACCUGUACUGCUCAAGAAGGUCGACAGGCUGAAAUCAUUGUGCUUACAGUAUGCUGCUGCAACUCAGUGGCUGAUAUCAUCAUCCAUUGACAUAGCUGAUGAGGGUUCCCGUGCUUUAGAAAAGCGCAAGGGACGAGGGAAAUUAAGAGGCCCUUCGAUAGCGCUACGAGCCCCGAAGCAGAACUCCGCUGUUAUGGAUUCUAUACUGAAAUUCGAGCGGGAUUUCAAUUCUGAACUUCAGAGUCUAGGACCGGUCUUGAGCAGGAAUUCCCAAGCAGAGCCACAUUUGACUCAUCUUGCACAAUGGAUCCUUGGUGCCGGUGGAAACGACCAUUAA